GAAGUGACGCAUGCGCAGUGUAGGUUUAUACUUGUCAACAUUGCAACAUUACUGUGUUGUUGUUCGUAGCACUGCAGCUCGAACAUGAGUAAGAUAUUAUCGUUAUUCCCGCUAACACUGACCCUGUUGUGUGCUGAGCUGCUGCAGGGCCUCCCGCACACUUAUCUCCAGUCAAAGAAACAUGGAUUCAAGACAGAACCCCAGUUCACAGAGAAGUAUUUCAGUCAGAUUCUGGAUCACUUCAACUUUAACAGCAUGGGGAACGGGACAUUCAGUCAGCGUUACCUGAUCACAGAUAAGUACUGGAAGACGGGCUACGGUCCCAUUUUCUUCUACACGGGGAAUGAGGGAGACAUCUGGGAAUUUGCCCUCAACUCUGGAUUCAUCACAGAGUUGGCUGCUCAGCAGAGAGCCUUGGUCAUAUUUGCUGAACAUAGGUACUACGGCAAAUCUCUCCCGUUCAGCAAGGACUCCUUUAACAUCCCUCAGAUCGGCCUGCUGACAGUGGAGCAAGCCCUCGCCGACUACGCUGUCAUGAUCACUGAGCUGAAACAGCAGCUGGCAGCCACAGACUGUCCUGUCAUCGUGUUUGGUGGCAGUUAUGGUGGAAUGCUGUCAGUCUAUAUGAGACUCAAGUAUCCAAAUGUUGUGGCAGGAGCUCUGGCUGCCAGCGCCCCCAUACUGUCAACUGCUGGACUGGGAGACUCCAGGCAGUUUUUCAGAGAUGUUACUGCUGAUUUUGAGAGCAUUUCACCAGAAUGCAGAGAUGCUGUGAGAGGAGCUUUCUAUCAGCUGAAAGAAUUAGCUGAACAGCAAGAUUACAGUCGCAUCCAAUCAGAGUUCACCCUGUGUAAGCCUCCAUCGUCUGCUCAGGACAUCCACCAGCUGAACGGCCUGCUGAGGAACGCCUUCACUCUGAUGGCUAUGCUGGAUUACCCCUACAGCACUCACUUCAUGGGCAACAUGCCUGCCAACCCUGUCAAGGUGGCUUGUGAAACCAUGCUGAGUGGAUCUGACCUGCUCACCAACCUCAGGAACACUGCAGGGAUUGUGUACAACUCUACAGGAGCGCUGACCUGUUUUGAUCUGUACAGUCUGUAUUUGGAGUGUGCUGAUCCCACCGGCUGUGGACUGGGCUCUGACAGCUUGGCCUGGGACUACCAGGCGUGCACUGAGAUAGAUCUCUGCUAUGAGAGCAACAAUGUGACGGACAUGUUUCCUCCCAUGGCUUUCACCGAGAGAGACCGCGAGCUUUACUGCUUCAAACGCUGGGGUGUGACCCCGCGACCAGACUGGCUCAAAACCCAGUUCUGGGGUGACGCUCUCUCUACAGCCAGCAACAUUAUUUUCUCCAAUGGAGAUCUGGACCCGUGGGCAAACGGAGGGGUGAGGAAGGCCUUGAGCUCAUCACUGAUAGCUGUCAACAUUUCUGGAGGAGCACAUCACCUGGAUUUAAGAGGAUCUAAUGAUGCUGAUCCAGUGUCAGUGAUCACAGCCAGGAAGAUUGAAGCAGACCUCAUCGCACAGUGGGUGAAGAUGGAGAGGACCAGAUUAUGAUGGUCGGCUUGACGCACAGGUCCAGGACUUGUUUCAGGGCUGGAGUGGAGAGCACUUUUGUGAAAUCAGUUAUUUCCUGUCAAAUUAUAAGUAAUUUCCACAAUCACUGUUACGGAUUUCAGAUUCAUUUCAAACCCAGGUCCAGAGUUUCAGCUGUGCAGAUGUUGGAGUCAGUGUUCCACACUGCAUACUAACUCUAAGUGGGUUUACAAUAUGUAGUGUGUUCACUCUGGAAAAGAUCACUUUGUUUCUAAAUCUGCUUCUUUGAGUGUGCUGUCACACACUACUCUCCCACAAUGCAAUGCAAUGCUCAACAGAAAUGGAGGAGCUGCUCACAGCUGCAGAACUUUUAUAAAGUUUGCAAAUGCUUCAUGAUCAGUAGCUUUCCAAAGCUGCAGUUAAGCUGAUGUCAGUUUGCACAUGUCUUGUACUGUUUCCUAAUAUUACAAAGCCAUAAAAUGUGUUAAAGGAAUAUUGCUGUGUUUUUUUUUAAUACAAAUGUUAUAGACUUUACACCCAGCUAACCAGUGGGCAGACCAUGCUACUGUGUGUCAGAAACACAGGGUGUAUUUUGUCUUCUGUUCAAAACAUCCUGUUCUGUAUGACACAGACAUACAUUAGUCAAAGUUACAUUGUUGCUAUGAGAUAAUGUGGUGCAGAUCUU